AUGGUAUACCAGUCUCCACCGUGUUCGGGUCAGAAUGAAGGAGCUAAUGAAAUUUUACAAUUAAUGACGACGAAUGGCGGAUUCAAGCAGACCUCGCUUAAGUUGGAACAACAAUCAGCAUUUCGAAGUCACUUCUCCAUCGCCUUCGAUACAGUGAUAAACUUCGCGCUCGAAAAAAUGGUGCUCAAAUUGAUAAUCGCAUUCCUAAUGACAUUCGUCGUCACAGUUUCCCUCGCAAGUGAAAGAAGUUUGAAUAGAUCGGACCUCAAGUGCAGUGGUCGCGCUUACGAGAAUGUGACAAUGGCUGCCUAUUUUCCUGAUUUCAGUAGCGACGACGAGUUCGAUCAUCUGGAUGCUCGAAUGAAGAAACUGAGGACCUUACAGGAUUUUCUUGAUGGCCGCGCCGAGUUCGUCACCGUUUCUAUGGAUCUAGAUUCAGGCAUUCCGUAUGGGACAAAAGUGUGCAUACCUGAGAUAAAUGAAAAAUUUGGCAACCAAAUUCCAUUGCAGGUUAGAGACAGAAGCCACUACAAAGACGUUAUCACGAAAUCGCCGGACUUUUCGCACGUGGACAUUUGCGUGAGGACUGAAGAGGACACGUAUGACAGUUAUGUAAAUGGCAUCGUGACACUCUAUGUAUGAGUACGUAAAAAAUUGAAAGACAGUCAUUUAUACUGUUACGAUAAAAAAGAAUGCGUUUAUUUGAGAAUGCUCAAUACAAAAUAUUAAAUAAUAAA